AGCGGCCCCGGGCGCGGGGCUGCGGCCUAUGGCUACCGCCUUUGGCCGCCGCGGGUCUCCGGAGUGCCGGGGAGCGGUUGGGGUGCGGGGUGCUGGGGGUCUGGGUGCCUGCGGGGCUGCUAUGGCGUUUGUGCUGUGUUCCCGGGACGCAGCGAUGGGUGUCCUGACGUGGGGGGCGGAGUGCUGGGCUGACCCUUGGAGGGCAGGGUGCCCCGCUGUCCUGAAGGCCGUUGUGCUUAACGUUUAUGUUCCGGUGCUGCGUGCUUUGUCGUGGAAUCGUGUAAUAUCACCGGUUGAGCGGGAGUCACACAUUGCUUUUGGGCUGGGAGUAAUGGAAUCCCAAAAUGGUCGCGUUAGAAGGGCCCCCAGAGCCCCCAGCCCCACACCUGCUGAGGGCUGGUUGUCUGCAAUGGAUCAGACCAGGGCCCCAUGCAGCCUGGCAUGAAGCACCUCCAGGGAUGGGGCACCCGUGGGUAAAGAGAGUGAGGACUUUAGUGCAUGCCUUCCUCAAAGCGUGUGUGUCUGUGUUCCAAAAAUCAAUUCAGUGGUGGUAAAAUGGAGAUUGCUGUGUACUGGCUGUGGUGGCAUUGAUCACUCAGAGCUCCCAGCAAAUGGUUACCCAGUGCUGUCAGCCCCGGGCAGCUCAGUGUUGUCCUCAGCAUUGGGCUUCUCUGUAAACAGCUUGAAACAACAGAGCUGUUUGUAAAUGCUGCAUUGUGAAGGCUGUUAGUUUUCAUACUUAAAGAUUCUGCCUGGGCCUCCCUGAACAGUCACUGCUCUGUGUUUGCAGGGGCUCAGCACUGCUUUCUUGUCAGCUAUGGCAAAGCCUCAAAGCAAGGAUUCGGGGCUGAAGGAGAAGUUCAAGAAUCUCUUGGGGCUGGGAACAUCCCGGGGAAGUUCAAAGUCAACAGAGGGCAAGCAAACGGAAUUCAUCAUCACUGCAGAAAUACUCAAGGAACUGAGCAUAGAAUGUGGAUUAAGUAAUAGGAUACGAGCAAUCAGCCAAAUCUGUGAAGUGGCAAAAACAAAAAAAAUUGAAGAGCAUGCAGUGGAAGCAAUAUGGAAGGUGGUAGCUGAUAUGCUCCAGCCUGAGCGCCCAGCUGAAGCCAGACAUGCUGUUCUUCAUCUCCUGAAGUCUAUCAUUCAAGGACAGGGUGAGAGAUUAGGAAUCCUUAGAGCACAUUUUUUUAAGGUUAUUAAGGACUAUCCCUCCAAUGAAGACUUGCAUGAACGGCUUGAAGUGUUUAAGGCUCUAACAGAAAAUGGUCGAUACAUCACUUACUUAGAGGAAGAAUUAGCUGACUUUGUGCUACAGUGGAUGGAUGUUGGUUUGUCUUCAGAGUUCCUUUUGGUUUUAGUGAACCUGGUGAAAUUCAACAGCUGCUAUCUGGAAGACUAUGUAGCUGACAUGGUCCACAAGAUAUGCAUCUUGUGUAUCCAGACUUCAUCGUCUGUGGAUAUAGAGAUUUCUUUGCAAGUUUUAGAUGCUGUUGUUUGCUAUAACUGUCUGCCAUCAGAGAACCUGCCUGUAUUUAUUAUCACGUUGUGCCGUACCAUCAAUGUGAAGGAACUCUGUGAGCCAUGCUGGAAGCUUAUGCGCAACCUUUUGGGAACUCAUUUGGGACACAGUGCAAUUUACAACAUGUGCAGGAUCAUGGAAGACAGAGCUUACAUGGCAGAUGCAGCCCUGCUGAGAGGAGCAGUGUUCUUUGUUGGGAUGGCUCUCUGGGGUGCUCAUCGCCUCAAUUCACUCAAGAAUUCCCCAACUUCUGUGCUGCCUUCGUUCCUCAAGGCCAUGACAUGUCCCAAUGCAGUUGUAUCUUACGAGAUAGUUCUGUCCAUCACACGCUUAAUAAAGAAGUAUGGGAAGGAAUUGCAAGCUGUAACCUGGGAUAUCCUCUUGGACAUCAUGGAGCGAUUACUGCAACAGCUGCAGAGUUUAGAGAGCCAAGAACUUAAGUCCAUUGUACAUGAUCUUUUGACUACAGUAGAAGAACUCUGUGACCAGAAUGAAUUUCAUGGUUCUGAGGAGAGAUUUUUUGAGCUGGUGGAAAGAUGUGCUGAUCAGAGACCGGAAUCUUCUGUAUUAAACUUGAUAGCAUACAGAGCUCAAUCCAUUCAUCCUGCCAAAGAUGGCUGGAUUCACAACCUGCAGAUGUUAAUGGAGAGAUUCUUCAGGAACGAAAGUCGUAGUGCUGUUCGUAUUAAAGUUCUGGAUGUCUUGUCCUUUGUACUGAGUAUUAACAGACAGUUCUAUGAGGAAGAGCUGAUAAACUUGGUUGUGAUCUCUCAGCUGGCUCACAUUCCAGAGGAUAAAGACCAUCAAGUUCGAAAACUGGCCACUCAGUUACUUGUAGACCUUGCUGAAGGCUGCAACACACAUCACUUUAACAGCUUGCUUGAUAUCAUAGAAAAGGUGGCUGCGCAUUCUCUCUCAUCUCCAUCUGAGCUGGAAGAAAGGGAUUUGCUAUCAUAUUCAGCUUCUUUGGAGGACGUGAAGACAGCAGUUCUUGGACUUCUGAUAAUUCUUCAGACAAAACUCUACAGCUUACCUUCCAGCCAUGCCAUGCGGGUGUACGAGAUGCUGAUUCACCACAUCCAGCGCCACUAUAUGUAUGCAUACAGCCUUGCUGUUGCUAGCAGCAUCAGAUUGCAGGUAUUUGAUUUCCUCUUGAUGCUUCGAGCUGACUCCCUCCACCGUCUUGGCCUUUCUAACAAAGAUGGAGCAGUGAGAUUCAGCCCUUACUGUCUGUGUGAUUUUGUAGAAGCAGAGAAGAGAGCUUCUGAGAAAAAGCCUACUGGUACACUCUCUCCACCUUCAGGAAGUCCCAGUGUGCCUUCCCAGAACAGCACCAUUCGAAUAGGGCAUUUGCCAUACUCAAUGGUCUUUGGUGUUCUUCUGCAGUGCUUGAAGCAAGAGACAGACUGGAAGGUAUUGAAGUUGGUCCUCAACAAACUACCAGAAUCCCUCCGCUAUAAAGUGCUGUUUUUAACCUCUCCUUGUAACAUAGACCUCCUGGCAUCUGCACUGAGCUACAUGCUCACAGACAAGAAGACAACCGACAGGCUCCAUGGUACCCCAGAAGGCUUUUCCCGCACCGAUUUGCACCUGGCUGUAGUUCCAGUACUGACAGCAUUGAUAUCUUAUCAUAAUUAUCUGGACAAAGCUAAACAGCGUGAAAUCGUGUACUGCCUGGAACACGGGCUCAUCUAUCGCUGUGCAAACCAGUGUGUUGUGGCACUCUCUGUCUGCAGCGUUGAGAUGCCCGACAUCAUCAUAAAGGCACUUCCUGUCUUAAUAGUCAAAUUAACCCACAUAUCUGCUACAGCCAAUAUGGCAAUCCCUCUCUUAGAAUUUCUUUCAACUCUAGCAAGGCUGCCUCACCUCUACAGGAACUUUGCUGCAGAGCAGUAUGCCAGUGUGUUUGCCAUCUCCCUGCCAUACACAAACCCUUCUAAGUUUAACCAGUACAUUGUUUGCCUGGCCCACCAUGUGAUAGCUAUGUGGUUCAUUCGGUGUCGCCUUCCCUUCCGAAAGGACUUUGUUCCCUAUAUUACAAAGGGUUUGCGUUCCAAUGUGCUGCUCUCCUUUGAUGACACACCUGAGAAGGACAGUUUCAGGGCUCGUAGUACAAGCCUCAAUGAGAGGCCAAAAAGUAGUUUAAGACUAGCAAAAAAUGCAAAGCAAGGCUUGAAUAACUCUCCUCCAGUGAAAGAGCUGAAAGAACCCUCUGCAGUUGAUGCCUUCCGAUCCCGCAGCAUCAGUGUGUCUGAACAUGUGGUCCGCAGUCGGAUACAGACAUCCAUCACUAGUUCCAGCUUGGGCUCUGCAGAUGAAAAUUCAAUGGCUCAGGCUGAUGAUAACUUAAAAAAUCUCCAUCUGGAACUCACUGAGACUUGUCUGGAUAUGAUGGCCCGAUACGUCUUCUCCAACUUCACCGCUGUGCCUAAGAGGUCUCCUGUGGGUGAGUUUCUGUUGGCUGGAGGAAGGACAAAAACAUGGCUGGUUGGCAACAAGCUGGUGACCAUCACUACAAGUGUCGGAACAGGGACAAGGUCCUUGCUUGGCCUAGACUCUGGAGAUCUCCAAAGCAGCACAGAAUCAGGCUCAGACCCUGUUUUGCAAGUGAGACAAACUAAAGAAGCUCCAGCAAAACUCGAAUCUCAAGCUGGGCAGCAGGUUUGCAGAAGCUCUCGCAACAGAGUCAGAUCCAUGUCUGGUGGUCAUGCCUUACGUGUUGGUGCCUUAGACAGCACAGCCUCCCACUUUCCUGGUGGCUUGACUUCCCAAGGGACACAGAGUCCUCCUGCUCCUGCAUCUCGGUCAGAGAAGACUAAUCCUGCUCCACAGACACCUCUGCAGAAAGAAAAAGCAAACUUAGCUGCAUAUGUCCCUCUGCUGACACAGGGCUGGGCAGAAAUCCUUGUGCGCAGACCCACAGGUAACACAAGCUGGCUAAUGAGUCUGGAGAACCCACUCAGUCCCUUUUCUUCAGACAUUAACAAUAUGCCUCUGCAAGAGCUGUCCAAUGCACUCAUGGCUGCGGAGCGUUUUAAAGAGCACCGAGAAACAGCUCUCUACAAGUCCCUGUCUGUCCCCUCCUCCACCUUGGCCACUGGGACAGCCAAGCCUUCGCUUCUCCAACGUUCCAACACAGUGGCCUCUUUCUCUUCCAUGUACCAGUCCAGUUGUCAAGGGAAGUUGCACAGGAGCAUAUCCUGGGCAGAGUCUGCGGUCGUGCUGGAGGAAGGGAGCCCCUUGGAAAUGGAGCUGAAGGAAACCGAGUCCCCAGCUGAGUCUCCAGAGAGUGAGGAUUUUGAGACGUCGUGUUCUGAGCAGGUCCUGAGUGAGGAAAGGUUUGGUAAAGCCCAGGAGUCUUACAGCAGGUCGUCCUCAACCUCUAGCCAAGAUGAAAAAUCUCUGAAGUCAGACGAGCUGGUGGAGGGCGGUAUUCCCAUCGGGAGAGUGCUGCCAGCAGAGGAUGGCCGGGCACUGGAGGAGCUCUCCUUCCAGCCCUCCCAGCCGCUCAGCAAGUCGAGCUCUUCCCCUGAGCUGCAGACGCUGCAGGAGAUCCUCAAGGAUGCAAAUGGCAGAGAUGUAACAAGGAGGCUGAGCACGGAAGUGAAGUCUAAAUCUCAGUCUGGAAACCUGGAAGGGGAGGGACUGGGCAAUUGGCUGAGCAAGGGUGAGGACACCAGAGCAGCAGGCUCAGGGGGGUUGGAUGGCAGUGGCCCCACCACCUCUCCACGCUCCCCAUCUGGGCACCGGCCCAGGGGGUACACCAUCUCUGACUCUGCCCCAUCACGGAGAGGGAAGAGAAUGGAGAGAGAUGCCUUCAAGAGCAGAACAGCAGCCACCAAUGCUGAGAAAGUACCUGGAAUAAACCCAAGCUUUGUGUUUUUACAAUUGUACCAUUCCCCGUUCUUUGGUGAUGAAAACAACAAGCCCCUCCUGUUGCCAAAUGAGACGUUUGAAAAAUCGGUGCAGCUCCUGGAUCAAAUUCCUUCGUAUGACACCCACAAGAUUGCAGUGCUGUACGUUGGAGAGGGCCAGAGCAACAAUGAAAUUGCUAUUCUGUCAAAUGAGCACGGCUCCUAUCGCUACACCGAGUUCCUGACAGGCUUAGGGAAGCUCAUUGAGCUCAAAGACUGCCAGCCAGAUAAAAUCUACCUCGGUGGCCUGGAUGUGUGUGGGGAGGAUGGACAGUUUACCUACUGCUGGCACGAUGACAUCAUGCAAGCCAUUUUUCACAUUGCUACACUGAUGCCCACGAAGGAUUUGGAUAAAUAUCGCUGUGACAAGAAGAGGCACCUUGGGAAUGAUUUUGUUUCUAUUGUUUACAAUGAUUCUGGUGAGGACUUCAAACUGGGAACAAUAAAGGGUCAGUUCAAUUUUGUGCACGUUAUCAUAACACCACUUGACUAUGACUGCAACCUGGUCACGCUGCAGUGUCGAAAAGACAUGGAGGGCCUUGUAGACACGAGUGUUGCUAAGAUCAUCUCUGACAAGAACCUACCAUUCGUCGCCCGUCAGAUGGCCCUGCAUGCUAACAUGGCUUCCCAGGUUCACCACAGUCGAUCCAACCCCACUGACACCUAUCCAUCCAAAUGGAUCGCUCGGCUACGGCACAUCAAGCGGCUGAGGCACCGGCUACGUGAAGAAACCCAGUACCAAACUCCUGGCCUUCCCCUGCAGAUGCACCCAUCUGCUCCAACAAAGCCUUCUCCCCAGAUGGCUCAGGACCCACCACCAGCCUACGAGACCGGUCAGAGGAAGCGGCUGAUCUCCUCAGUUGAUGACUUCACCGAGUUUGUGUAGGUCCCUGUGGGUUGGUGUGUCUGUUCUGGGAUGGGUAAGGCAGUGAAUGUGUUAUACCUGCGUGCUGACUCCGUGCAGCUGCAUGGACAUAGAGGAGAAGGAUUUGGCACACACAGUGUGACUGUGCUGCUUUCAAGUGGACUCAGCACUGAACCUUACUUACCAGGAGGAUUGAGUGUUUUGCUGCCUCAGCCUGCCACUGCUGUCUGAUGAAAAGACUGUGUAUCUCCAGCAGAUGCUCCAAGAGAACCAAAUCCGCAUGCUUUGUUUUUAUUUGGUUUGAGCUACUCUAAAGCUUCCAUCUCUGGUGGGAACUUUCUUGGCAGAACCUUCUUCUGGGCUCCCACAACACCAGUGUCUGGUGGGGGUAGAUGAAGUCUGAUACUCUGCACUUCAUCACAUAGAUGGAAGUUGCAAGAGCUGGGGAAAUUUUCACACCUUUAUUGGGAGUUAAAUAUGAAGUACUGAAGCUCCAGCCAUUGUUUCUAAGCAACCCAGAAUCUCUGCUCCUCUCCAGGCCCCGGUGCCUCUCGGCACUUGAACUCUACAGACUGUGAGGCUUCCUGCCAGUUCUGGUAAGGGUUAACCCUGGUUCUCAAGUGAUCUGCAGGAUGUACUGUUUAAAUUACCAAGGACGAUGUCUCCUUGAGUCAGUGAGCCCUUUUUGCUGCCAGAAGUAAUGCAAAGCGGGGAGGUGGGAGCAACUCAGUGGAGCAGCAGAAUGGCAGAGUGCUGAGACGUGAACCACUGGUGAUGAAUGCUCUGAUCCACUGGGGGCUGACAGUGAGAACUUAGAGGCCAGGUGUGCUUUCUAGGUUCAGCUGCAGGAUUUCUCCAAUUGCAGCAGUGCUGAGGGUGACUCUUGUCCCUCCCUGUGCACCUAGGAAAACCCUUUUUGAAAGACUGUUGGCUUGUCCUGGUGGCAUCAUCUCUGAAGGAGUUUUGCCCAUUGCACUAACGCAUGAGGUAUCUCCUCCUGGGACCUCAGCUGUUGUAGUUAGCCAGUGGUCCUCUCAGUGCAAGUGUACAGGAUUGGGAUUAUGUAGCCCACCUUGUGCUGAGAUGCUCAUCAGACACUACACUACCAAACUGGAAGACAUCAUGUAAGCUGGACUAUACUGUGAGUACUUUAUCUCCUGCUUCGUGAGUAAAUGGGAAGCAUGGCUUUUUGAUAACAGUAAUUACAGAGCCCUCGCAGUGGAGCUAAAUGCAGUGCAAUCAGCACAUGGAACUGCAAAGCGACUGCCAAGGGAGCAAAAGCAAAGCUACUAACCGAGGGCUGUUUGGGAACUCUAAGUGUAUGUUGUGUUUUGAGUGUUUAUAUGUAAGUCCUAAAGGAAAUAAAGUAUUUGUAUGGUCAGUGGGUUUUUGCUGGCCUGGGAAGUCUCAAAUAAUAAUGUUGCAGGCACUUUGCCUUUGUGUUGGCUGCAGACCCUUCAGUAACGAGCUGUUGUUAAUUACAGACCAAAGCUUCCCUAAUAGGCCAGCUGAUCCGAGUGUCCUGUAUUGUGCAGAUGGCUGUGACCAGAAUUUCACUGACAAAAGGAACAAGGCUGGGUUGGUAGGGAUGGGGUCUGGUGAGCACCAUGUGCCCCAGGCCUUUCCUGAGCUCUUCCCGGCAGCGGUGCGUGGGUCACUGUGCAGCUGUGGGGCUGAGAGAGCAACAAAAGCAAUGGAGCCAGUCUGUAGCAGUCAGCUUUUAUUUGACCUUGUCAUUUUUUUUAAGAAACAUCCCCACAGUUACAAAAUACGGUAUUUUUCUUUGCAGUAAAUGCUGACCAGAUGGUAACAAUUGGCAUAUUGGUCACAAUCAUCUGUUUUUUAAAACAAAAAAGCAUUUAUAUAGAGGUCCCUCCCCCUCCCUUUUAAACUAGUGGAUAGUUUUGUUUUUGUGUUUUUUUUUUUUAAUUGAAGCAGCUUGAUACUGUUGCAUCUUUACGAGACUUAAGACAAUAAAUAAGAAACCAUUUCUUGGUGACUACAAACACAGAAAUAUACAUUCAGGAGUACUUAUUGGUUAGGGCUGUACGUCAAGUUCGUUGCUGCUGCCAGUAUAACUCCAUGCUAACUGCCUGCAGCAAAGUGUGUGUCUACGUGGUACCUCAGCUGUGACAGUGAAGGAACUCUGUGAGUGUUGCUAUAGUUUGUACAAAUAAAUGCUGCACUGAGAACUGUGAUUGCUUGGAAGCUGUCAGUGGUGCCCGCUGAGCACGCGGGCCCUCAGUGAGGUGUCUGGCUUAUCAAGAAACAACUGUGUGGGUUCCAGAGCUGCUCUCCAUACUUCAAAUGAAGGUGAGAAGUAGGGCAGUUGUCCUAGCCUGUUUCUGCUCCUCUUUGAUUAGAAGAAGCACUUGGUCAGUCACGCGCAUCAAAUCACAAUCACGCACACAAACAAAGCUAAUGGGGUAAGAAACAACUGGGGAAUGGAAGUCCCAGUGCCUCACUGGGGAGCAUCCUUAUCCAGCUCACACUCUAGCUUAUUCAAGGCCAUUCUGAGCACGUGGGUCCCUGCUCACUGCUGUCUCUCUCUCUCCUAUUAACAACUUUAUUUUUUUGAACAUAUUCAAACCAUGCUGGGGGGAAGGGGCUGAGUCCUCUACUGUGGUUCUUGGGAUAGCCCUUCUUUUGGCUCUUGGCAAUGCAAGAGAUUUCCAAGACCUGCUUGGUUUGCUCUCCCUCCUGAACAGUCCCUCUGGCUGCCCCUGCCUGUCCCACCCCCCAUAGCGCUGGGGAUGCAGCUGAGAACUGAUGCCUGUAGCCAUACAGGGACCAGGUGCCCUAGUUCUGCUGAGCUCCAGGCACUUCUCUGUGACCUCUUCAUCCUGCCUCUUCUGUCCCUUUAGGAAAGCUUUCAGUUACUAACAACGGUUUACUUCACUCCACGCUCUACUUCCUGCUCUGAAAUCUGCUUUCACCAACCUUCAAGGAGACCAACAGACCAACCUCCCUCUCAUCUCCCUCUCAGGCUCCACACAUUUGUUUUUGCCUAUCUGCAGCCUUCUGCAACUUCCCACAGCCUCUGUCCUUCAAGCAACCAAGUUCUUCAAAUGCAAUUUGCACCAGUCCCAAAGUCCUCACACAGAGCACCCAUGGGAAGGGACUUGGGCAGGUGCAUGAAGCCAACAAAGCUUUCUGACCAUCUCUCCCACAGCACAAGUGCUGGCCAGGGCCUUGCAGUGCUGUGCUUACCCACGGCACUCCCUGAAGUAACACUGCUGCUCCCUGGGGCACUGCUCUCAUUGCCUUCCAAAGGUACCUUUCCAAAGGUACCCCACUGUGCUCUGCUCUGCCUGCAGGGACUGCCCCACCUCAAGAGCACACGCACCACAUGCACACAGACACCCAAACCUUUAUAUACAUGGGACAUUCCCAGAAAGAAGCACUUAGUACAUCCUUUAAAUAACUCUGACAAUAGUAUUCUGUCUCCUAUCUACAUGUUUCAAACACGUUACCGAUGCUAUGAAAAUAUAGCAAACAUACAAAAAUAUAUACAUUUAAAAAAGAAAAAAAAAACCAACAACAAAACACCAUAUAAAUUACUUACACUAUACAUAAUGUGAAAUGGUGAUGACAAAGUGAACACAGACCCUGGAGUGGCUGCCAUGGGGGUUUGGGAUGUCCUCUCUCUCUCUCUCUCUCCCCCAGUGCAUUUGUGCUUCUCAUCAUGAAGAUGCGGGGAGGUAACGGUGCAGCUGGGUGGCUGCAUUCACUUUAUCAUUGCAUUCUCAUUUCAAUUUAUGAUUUAAACAAACAAACAAAAAAA